AUGGUGGAAAGUCACACAUUUCCACAGUUUUUUCUCUGUACUAAUAAAUAAUAUCUAUGGGCAGUAUACAUGACAAAAGAUACUAAUUCCUAAACAUGGCGAUCCCUAUAGCCAUCCUGGACUGUGAUCUACUCUUACAUGGUCGAGGCCAUAAGACCCUGGACCGCUUUGAUCUGGACUCUGUCUCAGACAAUUUCCUCCUCACGCAGUUUGGCUUCCCCAGAGAGUUCAUCCUGUACCUGGUGGAGUUACUCAGAGAGGCUCUCUGCAGACGUACCCAGAGGUCCAGAGCCAUCAGUCCUGAGGUCCAGGUGUUGGCUGCUUUGGGCUUCUACACAUCUGGUUCAUUCCAGACUUCGAUGGGAGAUACUAUCGGGAUCAGCCAGGCGUCGAUGUCAAGAUGUGUGUCCAACGUGACCAGAGCCCUGGUGGAGAAAGCUCCCCAGUUCAUCACGUUCAACAGAGAGCCCUCCAGCAGAGAGCAGUCCUUCCAGGAGUUUCAGAGGGUGGCUGGAUUCCCAGGAGUUCUGGGGGUGCUGGACUGUGUUCAGGUCACCAUCAAAGCUCCAAACAGCGAGGACUCAUCGUAUGUGAACAAGAAGGGGUUUCACUCUGUGAGCUGUCAGCUGGUUUGCGAUGCUAGAGGAUUGUUGCUGAGUGCAGAAACCCACUGGCCAGGUGGACUCAAAGACACAGAGGUCCUGGAGAGAUCUGCUCUGUACAAACAGCUGCAGGACACAGAGGAGGGCUGGCUGUUGGGUGACCGCCGUUACCCUCUCAGGAAGUGGUUGAUGACCCCGGUUGACUACCCAGAGUCACCUGCAGACUUUCGAUAUAAUCUGGCCCACACUGCUACACAUGAGAUAGUGGACAGAACCUUCAGAGCCAUCCAGACCAGAUUCAAAUGUUUGGACGGCACCAAAGGAUACCUACAGUAUUCUCCAGAGAGGAGCUCGUCCAUCUUGCUGGCCUGCUGCGUUCUCCACAACGCCUCCCUGCAGUCCGGUUUGGACGCCUGGACUCUGGAGAGAACGGACCCUCUGGAGCAGCCCGAGAGCCUUGAACAGAGGCCGGAGGACCGCGACAGCCAGGCAGAGGAGCUCCGAAAACAGCUCAUACUCAAACACUUCAGCUAGACGGCUGGCUGGACUCUGGAGUCCGUGUCGAGGUCAGAGGGGAUCAAGACUGAAUUAAGACCAGGACCAGAACAAUCCUUGACAUAAAGGUCACAUUGAAAUCAAGUCCACAGACGCAGUGUUGCUGAUGCAGUUUUUUAAUAUUUUGCUGGUUUCUACUCUACGGACUACACUAAGAUAACAUACUUAUAUAUGGAGGAACAUGCAAGACGCUAUACAACAAACCAAGACAACAUUUUACCCAAACACAUUUCAGAUAACUCCCUGGAAAGUGCUUGAUUAUUCUUUCUCAAACAAACAUUCUCCAAAUACUGACAAACAGGUUAGAAUAAACAAGCACCCCCUUUUGUUUUACAGCUAUUCAAACUGUGCACAGCUGCUGUGUUAUCAAGGUUUCUUUACAAGUGGAAGAAGUCACCCCUCCCUCUAAUUUUUUUUAUUCCCCACCCACUGUAUUUCUUCCUUCCAGAAACAUCCACUGUUUUUUUCUCCUUUACCCACAUGAUUCCACAGGUGAAAAUCUUGGACUAUGUCACAAUACAAAAACAAGGCCCUUAUUUACAACAACUGCACAUUACAUCGUUGUCAUUAUUUAUGUACACUGGCGCAAUAAGACUGAUAAGGCUGAGAAUGACAGGAUGUGUGUGCUACAGGCUGCUGUCACAUGAUGUUUUUGUGUUUGGCGUGAGGGACACAAAAUGGAAAGCACACAGACGAGUAAGAAAAUCGGUCUUCAUUGUGAUGUUUUGGGGAUCAAAAUGUUUUCGAGUGUUUUAUAAGCCAGAACUCUCAUCAUUUCCUCAAGGAUUUGGACUGGGACAGUGAAAUGUCUCUUUUCAGAGCUUCUAAUUUGAAGGAAUACCAUGACGUUUAAAACGGAUGCUUUGGGGAGUGUUUUUCUUUCUUACAUCGUUGGAAUAGUGGUGAAGGAAUAGAGUUUUUGUUCAUGCCCUGGUGUUCCUUCAGAUUGUAGAGAUAACAAAGCUAGUGGUGUUUUACUUCCUGGAAUGUAUUAGUCCCCUGAUUGGCUUCAUCAAUAUAUACACACUUUCUACAAAUAGGAAUAAAUACAACAUACACUGCUGUCGCAUGAGCACAUUUACUAUCGAUGGGAAGAUGUUUCCGCUGCUGCUUGAUUUGAAGUUGUAAGAUGAAUGUAUGGCAGAAAAAUAUGUACAUUAAGUAUUUUUCAAUGUCUGUUUGCAUUUUUGAGAUCCUGCAGUUGAUUUGUGAUACAUUUGUUUGGCUUUUUGGGUCAAGAAACUUCAGCUUGAGGCUAAAAAUUCGAGUUUUUUUAGGUUCCAUUGAAAAAGCGAAUGGCAUUUUUAAAUCACGAGGGAACAAAAAGACGUGGUUUCUGUGCGACAGCAGUGAAACAUAAACACUGUUUUACAGUUAAAAGACACGAACAGAUCAUGUCAAAAGUUUUACACUCGAUGAAUCGGCAUGUAAAACUUCACAUCAUCCUAAAUGCCAAAACACAACAUACAAUUCCCUUUUUUUUUGCAUAAAUUAAAUAUGCUCUUUUUUGAUGCUCAGAAUAUAUUAUAAGUUGUAUUUUUGAUUUUUUUUGUAAACAUUAUUUAGAAAAACAAGACAUUAAGAUAAAGUAAUCUUAAAAACAAGUCCAUUAUUUUUUUUGUCGCAUAAAUAUGCUCUUUUUUUUGAUGCUGCAAAUAUAUUACAUAUACAACUUUUAAUUCAAUAAAAAUACUUUUAUGUCAUGUUUUCCCAACCUCUGUCAGGACCCCUUUAAUGGUCCCUUGGUAUGAAAAUAUGGUUCCCUCCAAAAUAAUGCAGAAUU